CCUAAAAACAAGCGCGCACAAGGAAGAGGAAGUUGCGACGUGUAUUAGUUUGUUUUCAUCGGGUUACAUCACGGUCCACCUUAAAUAAGAGCUUUUAAACUCGUUUAGAGCGUCUCAGGUCUUUCAGGCAGCUCUGUAAAUCAGCAAAUCUCCUUAAGCGGACAUGGAGGCCGAGCUGUUCCUGCUCAAUCUUCUCUUUCUGCCCUUCGUCCACGGCUGGAAUAAUAAUGGUGCCGUGUUGCUGCGUGAUGUUCAGGCGCUGACGCUCUACAGGGGGCGCUACACCGCCGCACGCCGCACCAGCCCCAUUCCUCAGCUGCAGUGCGUCGGCGGAUCCGCCGGCUGUGGCUCCUUCACACCGGAGGUGGUCCAGUGUCAGAACAAAGGAUGGGACGGGGUGGACGUGCAGUGGGAGUGUAAAGCUGACAUGGAUAACUGGUACAGGUUUGGUCGAGUGGAGGUGUCGUGUGAAGGUUUCAACAGUCCUGACGACCCGUACGUGCUGCAGGGGUCGUGUGGUCUGGAGUACACUCUGGAGCUCACAGCAGAGGGCCGGCAGAACCAAGGGUCCCGCGGCUCCUCCGGCUCGUCCGGGUUCGCCGGGUUCGCUUCCAGCUUCUUCCAAGAUAAAGGCCACAGCGCCAGUGGCGGCAGCGGAUAUUAUCAGCAGGGCGGUUCCUCAGGGGAAAGUGCUGGAGGUUUGAUCGUUAUCGCACUCUUCCUGCUGCUCGCUUACGGCAUCUACAAGCUGUUCCUGUGCAAUCCCACCCAUGGCCACCAGGGUUCCCAAGGAGAUGGAUCUCAGGGGUUCAACGGAGCCUGGACUAAUGACUACGGCAACACAGGGCCGCCUCCACCCGGGUUUAAGCCUGAUUAUACUGCUCAUUCUCCAGAUUACACCUCCUCUGGACCCAGUUAUGGUUUUGCGGACGCGUACACCAGACCCCACGCCGCGGGGACAGGAUUUACCCGCCCAUCUGGGUUAGGAGGAGGUGGAUUCUGGUCUGGCAUGGGCACUGGUGGACUGCUGGGAUAUCUGUUUGGAAAUCAGAGACGUCAGCCCUAUAGCGGCCCCACCGGACACUCCAACUUCACCGCUCCUUCUGCCCCCAAAACGAGCUCCGGAACACGAACCGCCUCAGGCUUUGGCGGGACGAAAAGAAGAUAAGUAGCAGUGAAAUGCGGACCGUCCUCCUGAGACCACAACUCAUCGCAGCUGAAGUGUGAAGACAUUGAAGGAAGACACGAGUGGGGUGCUUUACUAAACUGAUCUUGGGGAUUAGUGAGCUAACUUUCAGCACAUGCUGAGCUCAGCUUUGGGCUCUGACAGUGCUGUGUCAAAAGUCAAGUUACACAGGUCCACUGUGUCAUAUCAUAAAAAAAAAAGUAGAAUUUAGUUUUUCCCCCAAUUGUUGAUUAUAGUGUACACUGCAAAAAUGAUCUUGUCAAGUAAAAUGAUCUUAAAUAUAGUCAGUACAU